GACUGGGCAUAAGACAAAAUAAUCAUCUUGUUGUUGCAAACACAAUGUAACAUAUCGUUGUAUUCAUCACCACUCUUUUCUUUUGUUUAAUAUUAUGCCUCACUCUGAAAAGGAUGACCCACUGUAAUUUAUUAGCUUUCGAGCUAAUGUCCACCAUGUCUAACGAUGGCGAUGAUAUUAGCAACAAAGUCACGGCUCUCCUGAUCGGAGUCGGAUCGGCAGCUCUGGUGGUCACAAUCUACCACUGCCUUGCCACGGGAUGGUGCAACCGCGACCGGGCUAGGGCUAACGCGCAACGGCUACACCAAGACAGCAACAGUAUUAUUAUUGGUAGAGAAACGCCAAGCAGCAUUGAGAACUCCGCAGCCAGGCUCAUCCCAGCCUUCAAGUACCAAAAAGGGAUGGGCUCAGGAGGGGAGGAAGCAACUUGUCCGAUUUGCUUGAGUGAGUUUGAAGAGGGUGAAGAGGUGCGGAGUUUGCCGGAGUGCAUGCACUCGUACCACCUGCCAUGCAUCGAUAUGUGGCUGUGCUCGCACUCCAAUUGUCCCGUCUGUCGAGCGGAUGCAGUGUCAACCCAAAUUGUAUAUCGAAGUUUAGGUCUAGCUUCCGAAGAAGGAUCCAAUGGGAAUAACCCAUAUCAAGAUCUAGGUAUGUUGCAGAAUAUUGUUAUACAAUCACGAACAAUAUAACUUUGUAAUGGUUCUCUCUCUCUUCUUAAAAGAAAAAAGUUAUAAUUCUAAGUUUU